CCUUUCUUGAUCCUUUUAUGAGUUUCAAGGCAUUUAUGAUAGUGGAUUCUAUGGUUCCUGAAGCGCUUUUUAUCCUUUCUUUAUCCAUGAUGACCUAGUAGCCUCCCUUCAGAUUAUGGUUUCAAGCGGUGACUGCCGCGACAACAUUGCUCUAGAGAGUCUCUGCCAUCUACAACCUAGGAUUUCAUUGCUUUAAUCUGCUCCGUGGGGACCGUGGCCAUCUAAUUCGUUAUCUCUAUUUAAACUAUUUUUAGUCACUUUUAUUUUUGUCAUAUCUAAAUAUAAACUUCUCCCCUUGCUUUAAUCUGCUCCGUGGCCUUUGAUUCCAUUUUUAGAUUUUACUGAAAUUAGUAACUUGUUUAUUUCCUUUAUAAAGUUGUUCUUUUUAGUGUAUUGGGCGACAUCCUUCUCCUUCCAGUUGAAGGAGACUGAGACUCCUGCAUUUCCUUUCUCCUUUUGAUUCUCAAUAAAUGCAUUCAAUGACACAUCAUUGAUAGUCGCGUGCUCGGUGAAGGAAUAUUUGAUUCAUUAUAAAUUUCUUCGUCUUCGACUUUCCAAACGAGAGCAACAUAGCUGCGAAGAUGAAUAUUAUAGCAGUAACCAUACUGGCGAUUUUGCUAAAUUGCGGCUCGUUCUGCAUUUGCGCGCCGCCGCAGCGGCUUUUGGUGAAAAUGACCAUGGUUACCAAUGCGCCGGCUCUCGGAGCCUUUUGUUUGGAUGGAAGUUUGCCUGCGUAUCAUCUGCACAGAGGAUUCGGCGCUGGAGCACGCAACUGGAUUUUGCAGUUUGAGGGAGGUGGAUGGUGCAAUGAUUUGAAAUCAUGUUUGGAGAGAGCCAAUACACGCCGUGGAUCUACAAAGUACAUGAACAAGCUGGCGACCUUCUCAGGAAUACUAAGCAACGACGCCAAGCUAAAUCCAGAUUUUUACAAUUGGAACCGUGUAAAGCUUAGAUAUUGUGAUGGAGCAUCAUUUGGGGGAGAUGCCAUGUUUAAAGACGGGUCGUCAGUCCUUUAUUUCAGGGGGCAAAAGAUUUGGGAAGCAAUUAUUCAGGACCUUCUCCCUAAAGGGUUGGGGCAGGCGCGUCAGGCUUUACUUUCAGGUUGCUCUGCUGGGGGUUUAUCAUCAUUUCUCCAUUGCGACGACUUAGCUAAGGUGUUACCGAAUGCCGGUGUGAAGUGCUUGAGUGAUGCAGGAUUUUUUCUGGACGAAAAAGACGUCAGCUUGAAGUACGCUAUGAGGUCCUUCUACGCAAAACUUGUUGCUCUGCAGGGAGUUGAAAAGAAUCUCAAUAAAAAAUGCACCAAUUUCUUUAGCAAAAAUCCAGAACUGUGCUUUUUUCCACAGCAUGCGUUGAAGUUCAUAACACCGCCAUUCUUCAUCUUGAAUGCAGCUUAUGAUACGUUCCAAUUCAAGCAUAUAUUGGUGCCUCCUUCUGCUGACAUGCGUGGACUAUGGAAACGUUGUAAGAAUAACACAGCACAAUGUAAUGAAAAACAGAUAGAUACAUUGCAAGGUUUCAGGCAACAUAUGCUGUCAGCCUUGGGAUCUUUCUCCAAGAACUUCAAUCAGUGGGGAAUGUAUAUAAAUUCAUGCUUUGCUCAUUGCCAAAGUGAAUCCCAGGACACAUGGUUAGCAGGCGACUCUCCUCGGAUACAUGACGUGACCAUUGCAAAAGCUGUUGGGAAUUGGUAUUUUAACAGAAAUGGUACCAACGAGAUUGAUUGUCCGUUUCCUUGUGACGCUACCUGCCAUAACCUCAUACCAACAGCUCUGGUUCCAUAGGUGGACUCAAAAUUUACAUGAAAAAGAUAUAUAUUCUCUUGCAAGUUCCUCCCUUUCUUGGUGUUCUAAAGAAAAGAGUAUGCAGAAAAGAGAAAGAAUAUAGCAAGAGAUACUAAAAGGAAGUGCAGAUAACUAUUCAUGUAUAUUUAAAGGAAAUUUUUUGGCGGAAGAAAUUUUAAAUGAAUCAGAAAUUUCAGAAUUAGAGUUUCAAAAGUUUAACAAAUUUGGAGUUGAAGAAGAGAGGAAAAGUUGAAAUAUUGUAUUAUCCUGAACAAUAAAGGAGUUUAUGUACCUACUCAUAAUUGAUUGACAUUGAUUC